AUGGAAGAGUUUCAGGAUGAUGACGAUUUCGGCGAACUCUACGCCGUGGACGUUGAAGUUUCGAAUGUCAUUGCCAAGGAACAACAAGAAGAAGAAAAACUUGAUGUGAACAGUAACAUUGUUAACCGGGAUGAGGACAAGAACAAUGACAUGAUGAAUGAUGACUAUGCCGCUGCCAGUGAUAGCGACGACGAUGACGGUUUGAAAAUCGUGUUGAAUGACGAGGAUUCUCCUGUUGGAGUUGUUGAUUGUGAGCGCGACGGCAGAUAUGAUGACAGUGAAGAUAGCUGUUCUAGAUUGUUUGGUAAUAAGAGUGGUAGGAGUCGAGGAUUGGCGAUCAAUGCGGCAAUGGGCAUGACUUCCUACAUUUCAUCCUUGAAUAAAGGUAGGAGGAAUGGUGAUACCUGCAUUCAGAACCUUGCGGUGGGCUCCUCUCGAGUGUGCCUUGCUGAAAAUCCUGUGGCUGGACAAUGUGGAUAUGGAUCGGUUCUUCCUUGGUACUGGGGUAUAUUUGAUGUAAACAUUGAUACAUUUAUGGAGAAGCCAUGGAAGGUUCCUGGAGUUGAUAUUACAGACUACUUUAACUUCGGUUUUGAUGAGAGCACUUGGAAACUAUACUGUGCUUCAUUGGAGCAACUUUGGAGAACAUCCUUGCAGACUGGAAUUUCACUUGAUGGCUCUGCAAAAUGGAAUCAGGAAGCCAUGAGAGAGCAAACUGAUCAAGUUGUGUUAGGGAGUGUACUUUUUCCUGCAUCAGAUUGUGGAUUGCCAAAAGGCAGAGCAAUUCAGGUUGAGGACAGCAUGGUUGAACGGCAACCAUCCAUAGAUGUAAGACGACCACGUAAUAGGGAUUUUAAUGUCAUAGAGAUAAAAGUGGUUGAAUCCUCUGACGAUUAUUCUCGUUCUGGCAAUAGCUCUGUAAUGGAUGCAUCAUUAGAAGGGGAAUCUAUGGCAGGCAAUAAGACAAGUAUUCUCAAUUCUUCCACUGAACGCAAUGAAGUGCUGUCUGAAGAUCAAUUGGAAGAUGUGAAAAAAGCAGAGGACUCUUCUGUUCUGAAAAGAAUUGGCCCGAAAUCUGGUGCAGAUGGAGAUGGGCAUCGGGAUCAACUGGAUCAACAUUCUGAAGAUACCGCAGAAGUGCCAGAGGGAGAAAUAAAUGCAGAGGGAGGUGGUGACAUUGAACCAUGUAGUUCUUAUCCAUGUUGGCUUGAAUCAGAAUUGUCACUUGGAGAUGAAGAGCAUAGCUUGACCUCCUAUAGUGAUAGUGAUUCAGGGGCAACAGAAAACAGCGUCCAUGUUGAAAAGGGUACAAGUCUUAGCCCUAUAAAAAGGAAAACAUUGAACUGUGUAACUGACAUGAAGGAAUCUUCCCCACGUUAUUGGAAGAACUCAAAGAACAACAGUGUAAAUAAAAAAACACUAACUAUAGCUUAUAAUUUGAGAACUAGAGGUAGAUCCAGAAAGGAAUGGAGGCACCGAAGUGGUGGAUAUGAGCCUGUUUAUAAUAUGCACAAGCACACUGAAAAUGAUAAUGAUCUCUCCUCCAUCCUUAAGUCCAGUACAAGAGAUCUGUUGCCAUUGGGUCAUCGAUUUGUUGAUUAUGGCAGACAUAAAAAUCAACUGCAAGUUUUUGGAAGUCAUAGAAGAAGAGAUGUUUCAUAUAAUAGGAAAACAAAACAAUCCUACUGUUAUGGCAAUGAAAAAGUUUUUGAUGAGUUUGUUACAAGACACUGUAAAUAUUAUCAUGAAGGUCGAGAAAGCUUCAGGGAUAACACAAACCGAUAUGAGAGGAAAAAUGGGGAUGUGAGGAACUAUUUUUCGGAACUAGGUCCUCGCUUUGCAAAUAGUGAGGACAGAAAUAGAGAUUGGCAUCAUCUUGGUUGUGGGUCCUCUGCUGAUGACCUGAGUCCUUGCUCUUACAGGGAGUCUGGGCAAUUUCUUCCGAAACAUUCAUCUUUUCCUGAUAAGGAAAGGGAUACUCAAAGGAAAAGAAUGGAUGAAAGAUCCCAUUUUAUCAACCGUAAUUGCAUUGAUGAUUUUGAUGAAUGUGAGUUUGUAAUCAAGAGCUAUAGAAUGUCCACUUCUGCUGCUGAGAGAGAAAUAGAAUCUUCAUUUAAUAAUUUUGAACAGCAGUUUCCAGAUAAUGAUAGAGAUUGGAGGAGAUCUGUCCGUAAGGAAAGACUUUGGGACAACCCCCCUUCAACUUUGAAUAACUUGUGUUCUGGGACAAUGGAAGAUAAUUGUCAGAAAUAUAAACGUUACCAUACCUCAAAUUUGAAGUAUUGUAGACAAUCUUAUACAGAUUCAGUGAAAAAUUAUGGAUAUGGUGCAAGAGGAGUAAAUGGAAACUUUGGGGGUUGUGCGAGAGAUAAGCAUGCUAGGGACAGCACAGGCAGUUACUGGUCACGUGAUUAUACAGACACUGCUGAAGAUGACGAUUUCCCAAUUUAUCCUGUAGAAGAGUUUCAGUUUUACAGGUCCCCAGCUAGGUUCCUGUCCUGCAAUGAGGAUGAAAUUAUAUAUGGGCAUCGUGAAACAACUCUGUGUGCUAAGGUGCAGAGUGAUGAUACGCCAUUGCAGCGGCAGCAGCUAAAUAUGCCAAAACGAGAUUGUGGGAAAUAUCUUAAAGCUAGCUCUAAGAUUAUGUACAGAAGUAAGGGCGGGCAAGCAGUGCUGAGAUGCAGGAAAUCAGUUGACUUGAUUAAUGGGGAAGGAAAGAGGAUGAUUGGCAGCAUGAAGUCUCAAGUGAGAAGUUCCAGAGUCUUGUCCAAUGGUAAUCUUGAGAAUGUCAAUCAGGGGAUUGCUAAGAAGCGGAGGAGAGCUCCAGUGGCUUUUUCUCAAUCUAAUAAAAAUGCCAUCAAAUUUGACGCCCCAAAAUACGAGAGCAACCUCCAAAUUAAGAAAUGGGUCCAGAGCCUUCAAGAUCAAGGGCAGAAAGAAAGCUCGGAUAUUGAGGAAGGUCAGAUUGUAACAGAAAAAUGGGAGUCAUCCACGGAGGAUGCUUCUGUAUCCAGGAGAGAUGCUUCUGAAGGUCCAACAGUGACUGACAGUGUGAAGAAGAGAAUGUCACAAAAUGAAGGUAGUUCUGACCAUUGCAUUGGUGGAUAUGACAGUCAAAGGAUUCUUGAUUCUUUAGCCAAGAUGGAGAAACGUAGGGAACGCUUUAAGCAACCCAUCACAAUGAAAAAGGAAGCAGAAGAGAGUUUGAAGCUCAACUGUGAUUCUUCAAUUGUUGUUACAAGUGAAAUGAAGCCACAUAGGCCAGUUCGAAAGAGGCGAUGGGUUGGUAAUAGUGUGAAUUGA